AUGCACAUAUACUCCUAUGUUGAUGAAAUCAUUUCAUCAGAGAUACAUGAUAUGAAAGAGGAUCCUGAGGGAUAUGAGCUGGUUAAAAAGCACAUGAUGUAUGGUCCAUGCGGAGUAGAUUGGCCAAGCAACGUCUGCAUGGAAAACGGAAUUUGUUCAAAGAAAUAUCCAAGAUCAUUCGCGCAGAGUACAACUAUUGAUCAAGAUGGGUAUAUAAUCUACAGGAGGCGAGAUGAUGAAGAAAGGUAUGCUUUGAAAGGUGAGACAAAGUUAGACAACCGCUAUGUUAUCCCAUAUAGUAUGGCUCUGUUUAAAAAAUUCAAGGCGCAUAUCAAUGUUUACUGGUGUAAUACUUCCAAGGCUAUCAAAUACCUUUUCAAGUACAUUACUAAAGGCGUCGACAAGGCUACAAUCAUUUUCCAAAAAACAGACGGAGGAGAAGAAAGUGGAUCCACGGAAAAGAUAGAAAUAAAUGAAAUUAGGAAUUUCCAAGAAUGUCGAUUCUUAUCAGCACAUGAGGCAGCUUGGCGUACCUAUGGUUUCGAAAUUCACCACCAAAAGCCUGCGGUGCAAAAGCUGACAUUACAUCUCGAAAGCCAGCAACCAGCUUACUUCAAGGAAAAGGAAAAUGAGAAUCCAGAAAAUGUUGUCAUGAGAAUGGAGUUACAUGAUACAAUGUCCACCGGAUGGAUGGAAGCAAACAAACAUGACGAGCUUGCGCGGACUCUCACAUAUAUUCAGUUUCCCACAAUGUUUGUGUGGUCUAAAACAAACAGACAGUGGUCUAGGCGACAGAGAGGUGAGAGUGUUGGAAGGAUUGUAAAUAUCAGCGUCACAUCAGGAGAUCUCUAUUACUUGCGAAUGAUGAUAGGUCAUGUCAGAGGGUGUCGUACCUACGAUGAAAUCAAGACAGUUGUAGGCGUUACAUAUAAAACAUUCAAGGAAAGUUGUUAUGCAAUGGGUCUCUUGGAUGGAGAUAAAGAGUGGCAUCAAAACUUGGUUGAAACAGCUCAGUGGGCUUAUGCAUGGCAGUUGAGAGAGCUCUAUGUUACAAUGCUAUUACACUGUCAAAUCACAGACCCACUGAAGCUAUGGAACCAUUGUUGGAAAAGUCUAGGUGAGGAUAUGGUACAUAUGCAACAGAGAAGGCUUGACUUUGAGGGAUUGGUAUUAGAUGAUGAGGAUGUUCAACAAUAUGUUCUAAUAGAACUCGACAAACGUCUCAAGCAACAUGAUAAGUCAUUAGCUGACUAUCCGAAAAUUCCUCUUCUAGAAACAAACAUCACCGGCAGUGAGAAGAACACAAUGAUAACUGAUGAGCAAAAAUACAACAAAGAGGAAGAGAAAGCCAAGCACGUGGAACUGUUUUCAAAACUUAACUCAGAGCAACUGUCAGUUUAUGAGGAGGUUAUGGAUUCGGUGAACAAUCGCAGAGUUGGGAAUGGAGAAGCUAAAGUAGUAUCUUCGCUUGAAAGAUGUGGCGAAGAGGGUGAAAACAUUGAGAUCAAAGAAAGUUUUAUGUUGCCUAGAGGAGGAAACCCACUCGAAGAAAUACAGAAAUCAACCUUUCCUGAUCUGGAGAACUGUUUUCAAGACCACGACUAUCUGGGUGACCGAGCGAUUCUAACCCCAAGAAACGAAACAGUCGAUGAGAUAAACGACUUCCUUUUGACAAAAAUCAGAGGCGAGAUGAAAGAAUGUCUAAGUGCCAACACUAUUGACCACAGUGAUAGUGACGUGGAUGGAGUGAAUCUACUAUACAUGACAUAG